GUCACGCGCUCGGGACCUUUAACGUUUUCUGACGGCGCUUCCUUGCUCUGCCGCGCGCGAGGGGGAGCGUGAGUACGCGCAGGCGCACCCUCCCCCUGCCCUCGAGGAGCGCCCCGGGGAGGGAGCUGUGUGUGUGUGUGUGUGUGAGAAGCAUGUCGCGCGCUCGGCACGGCGGAGUCCGCAGCCCGUGCGCCACCGCCGCGCGCGUGGGCACGCAGCUCCACGUGGCCGCACAUUAGACUAGACUAGACUAGACUAGUGGGCGCGGAGCGGAUCUGUCACAGGGGCGCGAGGACCACGCACCAUGUCGUCGGAGACGGAGUCGUCGCUGGAGCUGAGCUCGUCCUUCUGCUUGCGCAUCUUCAAGAUCAUCGUGAUCGGGGACUCCGGCGUGGGCAAGACGUGCCUCACGCACCGGCUGUGGAGCGGCCGCUUCCCCGAGAAGAGCGAGGCCACCAUCGGCGUGGACUUUCGGGAGAAGGUGCUGGAAGUGGAGGGGGAGUGGAUCAAGAUCCAGAUGUGGGACACGGCGGGCCAGGAGCGCUACCGCAAGAGCAUGGUGCAACACUACUACCGCGGCGCGCACGCCAUCUUCUACGUGUACGACGUCACGGACGAAAGAAGCUUCCAGAGCCUGCCCGUGUGGAUCGAGGAGUGCAGGCGCCACUCCCGCGGCCACGACGUGCCCUCCGUCUUGGUGGGCAACAAGUGUGAUCUGCACGGGGCAUCCAGAGUGAGCGGUGACGUGGCACGCAAGUUCGCCGAGCUCCACGGCAUGCCCUUCUUUCAGACCUCGGCCAAGAACCCUCAGGUGAGCGACAACCCGGAGGACAUCCUCGCCAUGGUAGCGCAGAGGCUGAAGAACCAAAAGCCGCUGGCGUUAAACCCGCCGCUCGGCACCGAGGAUCUCUGCGCUCCGAACACGGAAAAGAGGGGAGCCUGCGGCUGCUGAGCCCUGGAGCCACGGGGCGGGACCUCGCAUGGGAGAACAUCUCCUUCCUGCUAAGUUCUAAAUUCCGUUUGACU